CGUUGUUGAAUGGGACAAUUGCUCCCGAAAGAUUGGCUCACCCCCCCCUCCCCCUCGGCCGAGAGGAUGCGUGAGGGUUGCCGGUCCUCGACCUCUCGACAUGAGCUUGGAGAGAGUCGGAGUGGUAGACGUUGUUAUCAGACCUCGAUGCACUUCACAGGUUGACAUCUUGCUACUCAUUCAUCAUCCUCACAAAGACGCCAAGAUCGCUGCCCCGAUGCUCAUCGGAUCUCGACUGUCGACUCGAUUGAUCAGACCAUCAUCGUCAUUCGUCACCGCCCGCCAUCAGCUACCCACUCGUAUCGUGCAGACCAUGAGCUCGUCCACCUUGGCUUCAGAACCUGGCAAGGAGACUGGUCCCCCCUCGGUGCUCUUCGAAUCCCAAGGCUCGACCCGGACUUACAAACUCAACCGUCCCAAAGCGCUCAACUCGCUCGACCCGUCCAUCGUAUGGCCCUUGGCGGACAAGAUCAAGGAGUGGAAGGAAGAUCCCGAGUGUAAAGUCGUACUCGGAGUGGGAGACAGUCGGGCCUUCUGUGCUGGAGGCGACGUUAAAGCCGUAGCGGUAGUGACCCGUGAAGGGAGACUAGAAGAAGCUCUCGAGUUCUUCAAGCGGGAGAACACGCUCGAUUAUACGUUGGCAAAGCUGGGCAAGCCUUAUGUGGUGUUCAUGGAGGGGAUCACCAUGGGAGGAGGAGCCGGCCUCUCCUACCCCGCCCCCUUGAGGAUAGCAACCUCCACUACCAACUUUGCCAUGCCCGAGACCGCUAUCGGCUUUGCACCGGAUGUCGGAGCGAGCUUUUACUUGGCCCAGCUCGAUGGCGCUAUCGGAGCUUAUCUGGGUCUGGUCGGAGAGAGCGUGCAUGGAAGGGCUGUUUAUGAACUAGGGAUCGCCACACACUACGUCCCUCAGACAGCACUGGCCGGCUUGGUCGAAGAGAUCAGGAACCUCUCAGACCCCACGCUUCCCCGUCUCGCCGCGUUGAUCACGAAACACUCAGUGCCGGCUCCUCCUCGCCCCUCUCAACUCCCCGAAGACCCGGCGGAAUACUCGUCAAAGUCCAACCCGGAGGCCAUCUCCCCUCUUUGCGGAUCAGUGAGGAAACUCUUGGACCAAGCCUUUUCCCAGCCGACGGUUAGCAAGAUCUACAGCGUUCUUCGAGAGGCUAUCGCCGAUGAACAAGGAAGCGUAUGGGAUGCACGGGCGAGACACUGGGCAGAGGGCGUAGUCAAGGUCAUGGACACGAGAAGCCCGACGGGAAUGAAGAUCGCCCUAGGAAACUACAGGCAGGCCAAAAAGGACCAGGAUCUCAAGACGCAGCUGAACCGGGAUCUCGCCAUGACCACGGCGUUCCUAUCUUCACCCACCGGUGACAUGGUCAACAGCAUCUUCCACAAGCUGAUCGAAAAGAAAAAGGAGACCCCCACAUGGGUCCCGUCGAGCUUGGACGACCCUUCGCUCGAGGAAAAACAGCUCAUGACGACCUGGUUCGACCGAUCCAAAUCCGAAGUCCUCGACAAGGCUCCCUUAAUGUACGAGCUCGAAGAAUCCAAUACGUCGGGUAAAAAGGACCAAGCGGCCUGGGGUCAAUAUAGGGCGUGGGGGAUCCCAAGCGAAGAGGUCGUCAAGUCGUACGUGACCGGCUCGGCGAAAGGAUCGGGAGCGUUCGCCCUGACUGAAGAACAGCUCAAGCAGAGGAUUGUGAGGCACACGGCCGAGAGACUUGAACUCGAUCCCAAGGUCGAGGUCGAAUGGGUCGAGGGGAUCCGGGAACGCGUGAGGGACGUCGUCGAACGGUGCUGCGAGAUCGAGGAGGGUCACGAGGAGAAAUAUCUGAGGUGGAAGAGUUAUGCGAAAGCCAAGUUGUAGUCGUCCGUCAAAGAGAAUAUUGCAACCGAGAAUCGUGAAUUUUGCUU